AUGGAUUCAGAUGAUAAUUCGGUGUUCAGCAUGGGGGAGGAGUCGGAGGGGUUUGUUCCAGAGCCAAAGAAAACCAAGGCCCCAGCCAAAAAGGCCGCUGCCCCCAAGGCUGCUGCCCCCAAGAAGAAGAUGGUUCAAACCACGUUGAAAACGAAGGCAGCGCCUAAGAAGCGCGCUAUUCCAGAUGACGACGAGUCUGCGGCUUCAGACUUCGCCAACACGCCCCCCAAGUCCAAGAAAUUAAAACAGGAUCCUCCUGCAAAGCGACUCAAUGGGAUUCCUCUAGCAGAGCUGGAGAACGACAGCAUGGUUCUUGAUGAAACCCCCGCCCCCACGACCAACGGCACCAAGAAAACUGCCACGGAGACGUACCAGAAAUUGACCCAGCUUGAGCAUAUCAUCAAGCGUCCUGAUACCUAUAUCGGCUCUGUCGAGCAUACUGAGCAACAAAUAUGGGUCUACAGCAAGGAAACUCAGCAGAUGGAAUACAAGACCAUCAGUUAUGUUCCCGGUUUUUACAAAAUCUUUGACGAAGUCAUGGUUAAUGCUGCCGACGCCAAGCAGCGCAACCCCUCAAUGACACACAUGAAGGUCACCAUUAACAAGGAGGCCGGUGAAAUCUCUGUAGAGAACAACGGCACAGGUAUCCCCGUGGAAAUGCACGAGAAGGAAAAAAUCUAUGUUCCAGAGCUGAUUUUCGGCCAUCUUCUGGCUGGUUCCAACUUUGACGACAGCGAGAAGAAGACUGUCGGUGGUCGAAACGGUUAUGGUGCAAAGCUUUGCAAUGUAUUCAGCACCGAGUUCACGGUCGAAAUCCAGGACAGUGAGAGGGGUAAACGAUAUAAGCAGACGUGGACUGACAACAUGCAAAGGAUGGGUAAAGCUAAGAUCACAUCCAACAAAACAUCAAGUUUCGUCAAGGUCACAUUCAAGCCUGAUUUUGCCCGCUUCGGCAUGACAGACGGCAUAAAUGACGAUAUGGAGAGUCUUUUGAUGCGCAGAGUCUAUGACAUGGCAGGAACAGUCCGAGGUAUCAAGGUCUAUCUCAACGGCGAGCAUAUCAAGCUCAAGGAUUUCAAAUCAUACUGCAACCUAUAUGCCAAGGCCAUUGCCAAGGAACGGACGGAGGAAGAAGGAGGCGCACCCUCUUGCACCGUCGAGAUCGACAAUGACAAAGGACAUCCCAGAUGGGAGGUCGGUUUCACAGUGUCGGACGGUACGUUCCAGCAAAUCUCUUUCGUGAACUCGAUUGCCACCACCACUGGAGGAACCCAUGUCAGCUACAUUGCGGAUCAAAUUACAGCGCAUCUGCUCAAGACUCUCACCAAGAAGAAGAAGGGACACAGUUUGAAACAAAACCACCUCCGAAAUCACAUUUUCGUCUUCAUCAACUGUUACAUCGAAAAUCCCGCCUUCAACUCGCAAACAAAGGAGCAAAUGACCACAAAACUGAGUCAGUUCGGUUCCAAGUGUGUGCUUGGCGAUGAUUUCCUCAAGAAAGUUGCCAAGUCCGACGCUCUCGAAAACAUCAUGGACUUUGCCGAGAAGAAGGCCGACAAGAUGUUGGCCAAGAGUGAUGGUAGCAAGCGUUCUCGUGUCAGCAACGCCAAGCUGGUAGAGGCCAACUUGGCUGGCACCAGGAGGGGCCACGAAUGCACGCUCAUUCUGACUGAAGGUGACUCUGCCAAGGGUUUGGCAGUGGCGGGUCGAGCUAUCCUUGAUCCCGAUCGAAUUGGCGUGUUCCCUCUCCGUGGAAAGCUUCUCAACGUUCGCGAUGCUUCCGUUGAUCAGAUCACCAAGAACCAAGAAAUCCAGAAUAUCAAGCAAUUCCUGGGACUGAAGCAUAAACAAGUCUAUACGGAUACCAAAACGCUUCGGUAUGGCCACUUGAUGAUCAUGACUGAUCAGGAUCAUGAUGGAAGUCAUAUCAAGGGCCUUCUAAUUAACUUUCUCCAAGUGCAAUUUCCCUCACUUCUUAGGAUACCUGACUUCCUUCAGGAGUUUAUCACACCCAUUGUCAAAGUCUGGCAAGGAUCCGAUCCCAAGAAGCCUUCAAGAUUGAGAUCGUUUUUCACUCAGCCAGAGUACCAGGAGUGGAAAGAUGCUCACCAAAACGAGCUCACUCGAUGGCACAGCAAGUAUUUCAAGGGUCUGGGAACCAGCGAUGACAAAGACGCACAGGUGUACUUCACGGACCUGGAUAAACAUUUGAAGAAGUUUGAGACGAUGAAGACAGAGGAGGUUCAACUUUUCGAUUUGGCAUUCUCGAAAAAGAAAGCCGAUGCUCGAAAGGAAUGGCUGGGCAACUUUGUGCCAGGCACUUUCCUUGACCAUACAACGAGAACUAUCUCAUACGAUGACUUUGUGAACAGAGAGCUUAUUCUGUUCAGUAUGGCAGAUAACAUGCGAUCAAUCCCGUCUAUCAUAGAUGGACUGAAACCCGGUCAGCGAAAGGUCAUGUAUGGAUGUUUCAAGCGUAACUUGACCAAGGACAAGAAGGUCGCCGAACUCAGCGGUUACAUCUCCGAACACACAGCUUAUCAUCACGGAGAUGUCUCGCUUCAGCAAACAAUUAUCGGCCUUGCUCAGAACUUCAUUGGAUCCAACAAUGUCAACUGUUUGGAGCCUAGCGGUAACUUCGGCUCCCGUCUCGCUGGAGGCUCCGAUGCCGCCAGUCCCCGUUACAUUUUCACUAGAUUGUCUCCUUUUGCACGAAAGGUAUUCCAUCCUUUGGAUGAGCCGAACCUCGACUUUCAGUACGACGACGGGAGUCGCAUUGAGCCCACAACCUAUUUCCCUGUUAUCCCAAUGGUGUUGGUAAACGGUGCCGAUGGUAUCGGUACUGGUUGGAGCACCAAUAUCCCCAACUAUCACCCAAUAGACAUCGUCAAGAAUAUCAAGCGCCGCAUGGGUCGCCUCGAUUCCGAUGAUCCAGAGGAGAAGCCUUUCGAAACGAUGCUGCCAUGGUUCAAGGGCUGGAACGGCACACCCGAAGCAGCCGGCCCCGACCGUUACAAGUUCAACGGCAUCGCUACCCUAAGCGAACUAAACCCUAACGAAGUGGUCAUUACUGAACUUCCCAUCCGAGUGUGGACUGAUGACUUCAAGGCAAGACUUGAGAAAAUCAUCAGUGGCACCGACGGCCCCAGCUGGAUCAAGGAUUACAAGGAGUUCAACGAUUUCGACACUGUUCAUUUCGAGAUCCAGGUUGAUGAAAAACAUAUGCCGAAAGUGCUCGAAGAGGGUAUUCUAGAGCGCUUCAAGCUUCUGAAGCAGGUCGCCACUUCCAAUCUGGUUGCAUUCGAUAGCCGAGGGCAAAUUCGCAGGUACGAAAAGGUGGAAGACAUUCUAGAAGAGUAUUACACUCAUCGAUUUGUCAAAUACACGGAGAGAAAGGACCACUGGCUCAGGGUUUAUCACGCCGACUAUCGGAAACUGCAGAACCAGGCUCGUUUUAUCAAAGAAAUCAUUGACGGCGAGCUCAAGGUGGGCAAGAAGAAGAAGGUGGUGCUCGUAGAAGAACUCCGUGAACGGAAGUACGAGGCUUUCCCACCAACCGCCAAUGGCAAAAAGAACAACACAGAAGAUGAUGCGGAUAAAGAGGAUGACGAGGAUGAUACUCCUGGACCAGGUGGUAGUCACGAUUACGACUAUCUUCUCUCUAUGCCUAUUUGGUCUCUCACAGCUGAGCGUCUUGACAAACUCAAUGAUGCUAUUGCUAGAAAAAAGAAGGAGCACGAUGAUCUCCAAAUGCUGAGCGAAAAAGAUCUGUGGUGUCAAGAUCUGGACGAGUUUGUCCAGGUUUGGGACGAGCAAGCGCGUCUUGAGGCCGAGAUCAAAACAGGAAUUCGUCGCUUGGGUCGACGGGCGUCCAAGAAAAUAGGAGCUGGCCGCGGACGCAAAGCCAAGGACGACGAUGCUUAUGAGCCAGAAAAGAAGAGUCGUGCCAAGGCCAAGCCAAAGGCUGCAGCACCUGUCAAGGUCGAAACCAAGAGCUCACAGAGGUUCGCGGCAAUGUUCGAUGCCGAACCAAAGCCUAAAAAGGACAAGGAGCCAAAGGUCGUACCAAAAGAAGAGGAUGACUUCUCUGAUGAUGAUUUCGCCGCGCUCAGCAGGGGCAAAUCGAAACCGGCAGCUGCCCCAUCUCGUGUCCUGUCAGAGUCAGUAGAACCCGAGCCUUCACGCAAUGGCAAACGAGCAGCAGCGUCAAAGGCGAAAACCUAUUUCGACGUCGACUCUAGCAGUGACGACGACGAUCAAAUGCUUGACGAUGUCGGCGCUCUCGUAAAGGGCAUUGGCGAGCCGAAGCAAGAGUCGAGUGGGAGAUUAAGUCUGCACGCGAUGAGCCGCCCCGAGUCCAGUCAUGGCCACAACGGCUCCACCAGUCUGUCCAAACACAAGGCUAAAGCAUCCAGAAUAUUGGACGAAGACAGCCCUGAUGAGACAAACUACGAGCUCUUGGCAAAGUCCUCCCCGCACAAGGCAACCGCCAAGGCUGAUGUUGGCAUUGACAGCUUCCUUUCCGAUGAUGAGCCAGCACCUGAGCCGGCACCAGCCCCGGCGAAGGAAUCGUCGGUUGACAAGGCCCCCGCCGGCUUAUCACAGGUGAAGAAAGUAAGGGGUCGGCCAGCAGGUGUGAAAAACAAGGGCAAGGAUGCUCCAGCCUCGGCAGCCGUUCCCAAACCCAAGGCGAAGAAGCCCGCCGCAAAGCCGACGACACUAUCUCCAGCAGCCAAAGCAUAUGCUGCAAAGAAGGCAGUAAAGAAGACAGCUGUCGACGAGGAUUCUGACGAGGAGAUGGAAGAAUCACCCGCACCAAAACCCGCAGCACGCAGUCGACCAGGAAGAGCCGCGGCUGCAAGGCGGCCUCUUGUAAUUGAGGACGACUCUUCAUUAAAUCUAGAUGAACAGGACGACGACGAGAGCGAGGAUCCGUUUGAGAUGGAUGACGAUGAUGACUAA